GCCAAAGAUGGCGGUGGCGGCGCCGCGGCUCCGGCACCGCCCGGCGGGCGGGCGCUUCCGCCGGGGCCGGGGGCGCGGCGGCUCCUCCGCGGCUCCUCCGCGGCUCGGCGGAGGCCCGGGCGGGGGCCAUGGGCACGGCGGCGGGCGCGGGCGCCCUGCGGCUGCCCGGGCUGCACGGGUACGCGGUGGAGUUCUCGCCAUACUGCCCGGGGCGCGUGGCCUGCGCCGCCGCGCAGUACUACGGCAUGGCAGGUUGUGGAACUCUGGCAGUACUGGGACAAAACGAAGCUGGGAUUGUUCUGCUCAAGAGUUUUGACUGGAAUGAUGGCCUGUUUGAUGUGACCUGGAGUGAGAACAAUGAAAACGUGUUGAUCACUUGUAGUGGAGAUGGAUCUCUGCAAAUCUGGGAUAUGGCUAAGACUAAAGGUCCACUGCAAGUCUAUAAAGAGCACACUCUGGAGGCAUAUAGUGUUGACUGGAGCCAAACCAGAGGAGAGCAGCUAGUGGUGUCUGGUUCAUGGGAUCAAACAGCCAAGCUGUGGGAUCCAGCUGUGGGGAAGUCAUUAUGCACUUUUAAAGGCCACGAAGGGGUCAUUUACAGCACUAUAUGGUCUCCACACAUCCCAGGUUGUUUUGCAUCUGCCUCAGGUGAUCAGACUUUAAGAAUUUGGGAUGUGAAAACACCAGGAGUCAAACUUGUGAUACCAGCCCACCAGGCUGAAGUCUUGAGCUGUGACUGGUGCAAAUAUGAUGAGAACUUGCUGGUAACUGGUGCAGUUGACUGUAGCUUGAAAGGCUGGGAUUUGAGGAACAUCCGGCAACCAGUGUUCGUCUUGCUUGGUCAUACCUAUGCUAUCAGAAGAGUAAAAUUUUCACCAUUCCACGCAAGCAUAUUGGCCUCUUGCUCCUAUGAUUUUACUGUAAGAUUCUGGGACUUUUCCAAGCCUAAUCCUUUGCUGGAAACAGUUGAACAUCAUACUGAAUUUACAUGUGGUCUCGAUUUAAGUCUUCACAACCGUGGUCAGGUGGUGGACUGUGCUUGGGAUGAACUAGUCAAGAUCUAUACUCCAUCGUGUCUGGCAGUUCCUGUUUAGAAGAGAAGAUGAUCUGACGCUCCAGGAACCUUUCUCUCUUCUCCCACAACCAGACUUGUGCUAAAGUGUCAACAGUGUCACUAAUCUCAGUGUCUCUUUAUAAGUAAAACUGCUUGAAUGGAGUGUUGCGCACUUGAACGUGUGGAGACUUUGGGGCUUGGUUUACUGUACAGGUAGUACUUGAACUAGCAAAAUGCUCCAGAGCUACUCAGUGGCUGAGGAGUGGCCAUAGCAGAUAUCAGUGGUGUCUGCAGAGCUGAAUAACCAACACAAGUUUGUGAUCUGUCUGGCUAAUGAUGAGAGCAGAGGCCUGAAUCUUCUUGUUCCUUAUAAAGAUUAAAAAUAACUGGCAGUGUAUUUUGAGAUGUCACUGUAGAAAAGAAAGGAAAGGAAAAGCAAAUAAAGGC